UCUAGAACAUGUGUAUUUGUAACAAAAUGAGUAUUAAAUUACUUUUUAAUUCAAGUUGUAAAGAGUGAUAGUAUUUUAUUCAAGUAACGAUGAUUGUAUUUUGAUCCAAUUUGUUAAACUUUCGUUAUUCCACCAUGAUCAAUAUAUAUCUUAGCGACCAUAAAAAGAGAGUGAGAAUGAUAGACUGAUAGUCUUGUUAAUACAAGGAAGAAACAAUACCUAUGAGGAAAUAAAUCCAUAACUACACAAAAUGAUAGAUAGUAUAUAGUUUUUGAGGAUUAUAGACAAUUUAGUAGGGAAGUUAAUAAAAGUAAAGUUUAAUAGUUUGAAGACUUCACUAUUAAUUUAUAUAUAUAUAUAUAUAUAUAUAUAUAUAUAUAUAUAUAUAUAUAUAUAUAUUAGCUCUUAAAAAUUUGUGGGUUCUUCACCAAUGAUUCAUAGAUAUGUCCAUGCUUGGCACUAUACAUAUUUUGCAAUAUAUAUGUUUUAUAGGGCACUAGCAAUAAAUAAGGGUGCAUCUUGAAAUAUGGCAACAAAGCAUUUGUGUAAAACGAUAAAGUUAGAAGCAAGGCUUGAUGACGUUUGCAGAGGCUGUUUCCAUAUGCAGACGAAAUCAUCUUCUUGAGAAUAGGGUGUUGACUGUUGAAGCAUCAGAAAGAGCGCGGUGGGGAGGCAAACUAGUAGCAAUACCGGAAUCACAGGCAAGGGCAGUAGCAUCAUUGUGAAAAGUGCGGUGGAGAUGGCAACAAGCAUGGCUUAUAUAUGGAGAAGAACAUAAUUGGGCAACCCAAAUUUAUAAAUAUAUACACGUUGUGGUCGAAUUCAUAUCUUGUAACCAGAAUUAAUUUAGACAUUAUAUAUGCAUAGGCAUAUUCAUUAAAAAAAAAUGUGACCUUCAAAUUUCUAAAAAUAGGAGAAACCACUUUAUCUUGAUUUCUAUGUUUUGGUAGCUGCCAAUAAAAUCUUUAAAUUCCGGUAAAAUUGGCACGUUGGACAGAGUUUUUGCUGUUGUGGGUAAUUAAACCCGUGUUAAAUCUUAGCCUUGAUGGUUGUUAUCUGUGCUGUCUAAAAGUUAAAACCGCGUUUUAUAAUUAGCAAUCUUGUAAACAUUAGAGCAAAUAAGCAAAACAAAUUACUUCUUUUGGGAAUUUUGUAACUUUAUAAAUAACUUUUUCUUCUGUACUCCUAACUUUCAUUACCCUAUAUAAAGUUUAUUAAGUUUCCAAGUGAUUGAAAACAAAAACUUUACAAAUCUUAUAUUACUUAUUGAGAUCAAAAGAAAAUGAAGAAAAUGACCAAAAAGUUAUCGUCUAAGUACGUGAAGCUCCACAAGAGCCGGCUCCGGCAAGAGGGGUCUAUGAAGUCGGAGGACGGUGGAGAGCUUUUCCAGGAAAAUCACUCGCCGGAAAAUGAGGAAAACAAUGAAACGAAGGAGACACCAAAAGUUAAAAAGAUUAUGGAGUCCAUGCAUCGUAAGCUAAUGCUAAGAGAGAAAACAAAAAAGAAUAUCCACGUGGACGAUCAAGAACAAUCCCAAAGGUCUGAACGCUCGGUUAGCAACGACGACCAGCUUGAAGGUUCGGUUAGGAACAUGAACCGUGGUGAUAAAGAUCAGCUUGAAGGUUCGGUUAGAAACGGACAUAUGGAUCAUCUUGAAGAUUUGAUUAGGGGUCGUGAUCGUAUGGACAAUGCUGAAGGUUCAAUUAAGAAAGGUGCUCGUGACCGUGUGGACCAGCUCGAAGGAUCUAGCAGAAACGGUCGGAAAUCUCAAUGUGAAGACGUUACUCCUAAAAGAAGCGGUGAAGUAGACCAAUCAGAAGAAUCAACUAAGAACCCUUCUGAUUUUACUUCUAAAAAGGAUUAUCUUGAUUGGAUUGAACAUGUUGAAGGUUCUAGUAAUCAUUGUUUCGAUCGAUCCGAAAAUCAUGAAAAGCCUUAUAGGAAGAACGACAUCGACCAUGAUCAGAUAAGCGUUGGAAUAUCGGAAGGAUCCAUAGAGGGGAAUAACGAUGAGAUCCUAUUACUCAAGAGCUCUAAGUAUAGAAAAAUGAAAUCUGAAGAUUCCAAAGGUUAUAAGAAAGGAAAAGGUAGUAAGGUCAAAGAUUCAUUGAGAAGUCAAAUGGUUGACUAAACGUGCCUUUCACAUAUAAUCUGAUCAUUGAUCAUUUAGUUAGUGUGAACUACUACUACUCUUUUGUAUAAUCAUAUUAUUAUCUUCAAUAAAGUCUUCACUUUACUAUUUUUAUAGAAUCGUAUCUAUAGUGCGUUCAAAGAAAAACAACCACCGUUUUCUGGAUUACUUCAGAAGUCUUGACUAGUUAUCAAAAGAGACGUCAUUUUAUAAUUGAUAAUUAAUAGAGCCUAGAACAUGAGACUGCACCCAUUCGAAGGUGUUUUUGAUCCUAUAUUUCAACAUUCAGAUUUUUCUACAAGCAUUAAGCAUGAACAAGACAAUGUGCGUUCGUAAAUCCGAGUAAGACAAAAGUAUACAAGGCCAAACAUAUUAUGAUUCCUAUUACAAUUUUUUUUUAAGUGUGAAAAAAGCAAGAACAAAAACCCCAAUCAAUUAACAAGUUUGUCAACUAAAACUCUCGUCAUCAUCUUUAUAUAUCAUCAUGUAAUGCCCAAAACCUCGUCGGGGGACUGAUGAUAGCUAGAACUAAGGCGUCUGCUGACCAAAAUGUGCCGGGUCCAUCGUAGCUUCCGAGUCGGAUCGAGGGGCGGGUACAUCAUCAGCAUCAUUAUUCAUUAACAUCAGCAUCAUUAUCAUCAACCAAAGUCAUAUCAUGGAUACUGGAGCGCUUCUUUGCAUGAUUCUCCAUGUCUUGCCUCUGGAAAUACUUUUGUGCAUGGCUUGCGACUUGCCUUGCAGACCUUGUCUUCACAUACUUUCUCGAUACACUCUUCCAAUCUCCUCUCCCAAACUCGCCUAAUCCCUUCAGAAAUUCUCUGAAAAUAUCAUCAGAUAUAGUCAACCAAAACCCCUUAGCCAAGUUUGUUAGAAAUCAAGAUGCUCUUAGAAAAUCGUAUAAAACGUAACAAAUAAGAGCCUUUACGUGAUUACCUAAGCAAUAUAAAAAUCUAACAGUUCAUCACCAUUCACCAGUUUACUGUAGUCAAAAAAAAAAAAAAAUCACCAGUUUAGUUUAUAUACUUUCCCUUAAAC